GAAGGAAGGGGUGGUGCUUGCUGCCUUGAGGUCCGCGAGGCCUGAAAGGAGAGGAGCGGGAAGCGGCCGCCUUGGUCUCUCCGCCGGAUCGAAAUGGCUGCUUUGAUCCGGAAGGACUGCUACCUGCAGGGCCUGGCCAGGAAGAUCUGCGCCCUGGAUAGCAGCAGCAGCAGAGCCCACGGAGGCAGAAUGCGAGAGGAUGGCCCACCAGCAAAGAAGAAGCAGAGGAAGAAGAGAAGGGGCCCCUUGUUCAAGGGGGCCAAGAAGGAGGCAGAAGGCGGUCUCCACGGCCAGAAAGUGGCCUCUGCAGCCAGGAAAGGGGCUUCCGCUGGGAAAACGCAGCCCGCCAUGAAGAAGGCUGGGCCUGUUCUGGCCAGAUCAUCUCCCAUUGAGGGGAAGGAGAAUGGCCUGCCGGGGGCCCAGGAAGCGCUUGGCUCCUUCUCUGCGAUGGGCCUUUUGCGGCAGCGGCUGCGGGACAAGAUCCAAGAGGCUUCCGGACAGGGCCGCUGCACUGAACUGUCGCCGGCGGUGCUGGAGAAGAGGCAGCGCAGGAAGUACGAGCGAGAGCGGAAGAAGCGGCGGAGGAAGGAGCUAAGGAUGAAGGUGAAAGCGGCGGAGGAAAAGAAGGAGGAAGAGGAAGCCAAGGAGGGCGUUUUGAGUGAAGACGGUAAACAUGCAACAGCAACAACAGCGGGGUCCAUCGUUUUCAACAAGGUGACAGUGCGCGAGGAAGGGGCACUGAGCCAAGCGGAGAAGCGGCGGGAGAAGCGCAAGGCGGCGAAGGCCGGCCUGACACCUCUGACCGGGAAGAACUACCGGCAGCUGCUGCAGCGCCUGGAAGUGCGCAAGAGCCGAGUCGAAGCCCUGAAGGAGGCAGACGAGGCGAAGGCACGAGCGCUGGAGGCCCGCAUGCGCUGGAGCAGCGCUCUCUACCGGGCAGAGGGGGUGCGUGUGCGGGACGACGAGGGGCGGCUGCAGGCGGCGCUGAAGGCCAAGCGCAAGCAGGAGGCGCGGCGGCAGCGCAAGUGGGGGCAGCGCACCGAGCAGGCUGCCCAGCGCAUGCAGCAGCGGCAGGAGAAACGCCGCAGGAACCUCCAGCGCAGGAAGCAAGGCAAGGCCGAGCAGAGGAAGGCCAAGGCGCGCAAGAAGGGGCGGGUCCUGCCGGGGGACCUGGAGAAGGCGGGGCUCUGAUGAGACAGGACUCCGAUGAGACAGGACAGCUUCCCUCGCACUGCUGUUCUGCAGUCAACGGAGACAGGGGUACUCAGGUGACUCCCCUUGCAAGGCCUCAAACACUGUCCAGGGCCAGCUUCUAUGGCCCUCCCUCCAGAUGUUUUGGACUUCAGCGCCCACAAUUCCUGACAGCGAGUCCAAGACACCUGAAGGGCCGAAGUUGGCCCAGGCCUGAUCUAAAGGAACAAAGACAUAAGAGAUGCCAAAGAAACUGGAAAAGAA